AUGCGCCUGCUCUCCAUCUUCGGGGUCGUCACUCUCUCCCUCUCGGGACUCUCUACAGCACUGACAGUGCAGGGGGACCCAGAUGUCAAUGACCCACUGGUGCUGGAGCAUCUUCGUGACCGCGAGAAGCUCAUCACGUUGGAAAAGACACACCGGCAAGAUCAUAUCUUCCGCCAAAGUCUCUCACCAACCGCUCAGCGUGCAGACAAGAUCGUUCGCCAGAUCCGUCAGUAUGAGACUGAUUAUUACUGGCGCGUAGCCGGUACCCCCGAUGACGAGUACAAAGAGCGAUUCGCAGGCGAGGUGUUCCCCCUUGCCCGGCCAUACAUAGCAAACACGACUCUUUGGAAGAUUGUUAAGCGCAUGCCCAAGGGUGCGCUUUUGCACGCUCACCUGUCAGCCAUGCUUCCUUACGAAAAACUUGUGGAGAUUAUAAUCCACACGGAAGGGAUGAUGAUCGCCUCGUCACAGCCUGUGGACACCGACGACGCCAAGAUGAAUGCCACCAUCACUUUUUCUCACAGCAACAGUACCACCGCCGAGCCUCAGUCACCGGAUAUUGACUCUCCCGACUAUGUCCCUGGCACGAAGAUACCUGUCACGACCGCCGCCGCCAAUUUCCAAGGUGGUGAAGCGGGUUUCCUCGAGUUCAUCAAAUUGAAAACAACUGUCCCACCCGAGGAGUCGAUCCGCCAUGAGCUUGGUGUUGACGAGAUCUGGAGACGUUUCCAGGCCUGCUUUGGUCCUACUGGUUCUAUGCUAGAGUAUGAGCCCGUCGUGAGAAAGUUCUACCAGACGCUCUUCUCCGAUCUCGCUAACGAUGGCAUUAAUUGGGUGGAGAUCCGAAGCGGCGGAUCGAGUGGAAAGCUCGUCCAUGACGGCCAGGAAGAUGUUGACCCUAACCUUGACGUCUGGUGGACUGUUCUUGUUGAAGAGAUCAAUAAUUUCAAAGCCACUGAGGAGGGUAAAAACUUCUGGGGUGUCAGAAUCAUUUGGUCAGACUCGCGUGGUAAAAACCGGGCUUCUAUUACCAAGAGUAUGAAAAUUGCUCUCCAGAGAAAGCAAAAUUUCCCUGAGCUGUUUAGUGGCUAUGAUCUUGUUGCACAGGAAGAUCUGGGUCGUCCUCUUUCUGAUCUGGCACCGGAACUGGUCUGGUUCCGUGAACAGACUGAAGCUCUGAACCUCACCAUUCCGUAUUUCUUCCACGCAGGAGAAACUCUGGGAGAUGGGAACUCAACUGAUGACAACUUGUUCGAUGCGCUCCUGUUCAAUACGCGGAGAAUUGGUCACGGUUUCUCUCUCUAUAAACAUCCGAAUCUGAUCAAGCAGACGAUCGAGCAAAAUGUCCUGGUUGAAGUGUGCCCUAUCUCGAAUGAAGUCCUCCGCCUGAACACGGAUAUCCUUCAUCAUCCCUUACCAGCGAUGAUUGCCCACGGCAUUCCGACUGCAAUCAGCAAUGACGAUCCGGCCAUUCUUGGACAGGACGUAGCUGGUCUGAGUUAUGACUUCUUUGAAGCCAUCCAAGCUUUUGACAACCUGGGUCUUGCCGGAUUGGGCGCACUUGCACAAAACAGUCUGCGGUGGGCAAACUUUGAAGAUCAGUCUGAUACAGAGUGGAUUCAGGAUAUUGACCGUGGUGAGGAAGGAACCAGUACCAAGGCCAAGAACAUUCAAGCCUGGAACAGUGCAUGGGAGGACUUUUGCAAGUGGAUUGUGGAUGAAUAUGCGUCCAACUACGAGGUUUUGGCAGAGGAUUCUGAAACUUAG